GUAAUGAUACCCGGCUUAUGAAUGUACCCUACCUACACACAGCAGCCAUUUUAUUAGGUAAACUUGUACACCUGCUCAUUAAUGCAAAUCAGCCAAUCAUACGGCAGCAAUUCAAUGCAUAGAAGCACACAGACAUGGUCAAGAGGUUCGGUUGUUGUUCGGAAUGGGGAAGAAAUGAGAUCUAAGUGACUUUGACACUGGAAUGUUUUCUGGUGCCAGAUGGGGUGGUCUGAGUAUCUCAGAAACUGAUCUCCUGGGAUUUUCAUGCAGAAGAGUAUCUAGAGUUUACAGAGAAUGGGGUGAAAAACAGAAAAUAUCUAGUGAGUGGUAGUUCUGUGGAUAAAAACGCCCUGUUAAUGAUCAUGGUCGGAGGAGAAUGGCCAGACUGAUUCAAGCUGACAGGAAGGAGACAGCAAUUCAGAUAACCACAUGUUACAACAGUGAUGUGCUGUGGAACAUCUCUGAGGGCACAACAUGGGGACGGGCUACAGCAGCAGAAGACCAGGAACAUACACUCAGUGGCCACUUUAUUAGGUAAAGGAUGUGAGUGGUGAGGUGGAGAUAGGUCUCUACCAAAGGAGGUGUAAGACACUCCUUCCCUCCGCUAGCCUGCGGGUCACCCUUGGGGAAGGUGUGGCACCUGCUCAGCCCCCGAUCAGGGUCACGUGAGGCCAUGGGAGCAGGUGGUGGACGGUCGUACGAGCAGCCGGUGCAGAUCACAAGUCCUGGUUAUGUGACCACUGACGCCAGGCAGACAAUCUCUGAAGAGUAUUGAUAAUGGCUGGGGUCACCCAUCUUGUAAAGACACUGCCCAGAAGGCGGCAAUGGGAAACCACUUCUGUAGAAAAAUUUGCCAAGGACAGUCACGGUCAUGGAAAGACCACGAUCACCCAGGUCAAUUGGCAUGGCACAUAGUGAGAUGUCAUAUGGCAUUGCACAUGAUGAUGAUCACUGAGUAUAUGAAUGAGUUACCAUAAUAUUACUAAAUUUGAAAGCCCUCAAAGUCAUACAUUAAUUCCCACAAACAGCAGAGCUGGUUUCCUUUCUCUCUCCACUUUAAUACAUGUUGUUUCUGUCAGAUUUAUGUGCGUUUGAUGUCAUUUAUUAUAAUACUGUGGAGGUGUGUUUACCAUAUCGAGUGAUAUUUUCUGUGCAUUAGACUCUGUAGUUCAUGUUAUAGAUAUAUAAUUGUAGAUAAGUUUCUGGUUUCCUGGUUGCACCUUUUUUAUCAAUAUUUUGUGCGAUUUUGAUCGGGGCGGACGGGGUCUGUGGGCCAGCAGUCAACAAACUACGGGGUGACCGAGUCCAAGUCCAAGUGACCGGCCGACAGAACGCAGGUGCCCCGCCAACCAACCUGCCAGAGACCAGGAAGACGGCGCGUCAGAGAGGGAGUCGGCUGCAGGUGCAGUGAGAAACUACGAGCUCAAUGUCCAAUGGAAUAUCUGGCUGAGCUCUCUGCUCACCAGUGUCAGCUCCUGACUGCUCACGAGUUCCGGGCGAUGGGCUUCUCUCUCUUGGGAGAGUCAGAAAUUGGGGCGACUGAGCAGAGCAGGUAAAAUGGGUAAUAUUAGUGAAUUCAGCUGCCAGGUGGACUCCAGGCUUGAUAGCCUCUUUCCGCCCACGCUGUAUAUCUUUGUCAUCGUCAUUGGUCUUCCAACCAACUGCCUGGCAAUGUGGGCCGCGUACCUCCAGAUUAAGCAGAAGAACGAACUGGGAGUCUAUCUUCUCAACCUGUCCAUCUCCGAUCUCCUCUACAUUGCCACCCUUCCCCCUUGGAUAAAUUAUUUCUUGCACCAGGACAACUGGAUCCUGGGGCAGGAGUCCUGCAAGCUCUUCGGCUUCAUCCUCUACACCAACAUCUACAUCAGCAUCGCCUUCCUCAGCUGCAUCUCCGUCGACCGCUACCUGGCCGUGGCUCACCCGCUGAGGUUCGCCAAGAUCCGCAGGGUGAAGACGGCGGUGGUCACCAGCGCGGUGGUGUGGACCAUCGAGAUCGGCGCCAACUCCGCGCCGCUCUUCCACAAUGAACUCUUCGAGGACCGCUUCAACCACACCUUCUGCUUCGAGAAGUACCCCAUGGAGAAGUGGGUGGCCCAGAUGAACCUGUACAGGGUCUUCAUCGGAUUCCUCUUCCCGUGGGUGCUCAUGCUUUUCUCCUACCAAGGCAUUCUCAAGGCCAUUAAGGGGAACUUGUCCACGGAGAAGGGGGAGAAGGUGAAGAUCAAGAGGCUGGCCCUCAGCCUCAUCGUCAUCCUGCUCCUUUGCUUCGCCCCCUACCACCUCAUCUUACUGCUGCGUAGCAUGAUGUACCUAAGCAGUCCGCAGGGCUGCGAAUUCGAGGAGGACAUCUUCAUGGCCUACCACGUCUCACUGGCCCUCACCAGCCUCAACUGCGUGGCCGACCCCAUCCUCUACUGCCUGGUGAAUGAGGGUGCCCGCAACGACGUGACCAGGGGGCUGGCUCCACUCCUCAAGUUCUUCACCAGCUCCAAGUCAACCGACAUCGCCCGGUCGGUCACCCUGGACACACCGCUAGCCUCUAAAAAAUCCCAGUACUUAAACAUCGAGCUGGUGGUAUUGAGGGAGGACUGCAUACAGAUGAAAACUUUGAGUGUAUGAAAGCAAAAGAUUGUGAGACUACAUUUAUAAAUGUAUUUUUAUAACAUGUGCGUUAACAUUAAGAAGAAACUUAUUUAAUUCAUCUUGGCACCUGUAAAGUGUUUGAACCAGC